AUGGUUAGCAAGGCCACCGCAUGGAAUGAGGGGAACAAUCAGGAGUCUGGGCCAUCCUCCGGCAUCCACCGAUCUUUGGCGAUGGACUUUGAUGCUGUGUAUGCAGAGGAGCAAGAUGUGAUGAACCAUGCUGCUCCGAUGGCUCGUGUCGAAGAGGCAUCGUCAUCGAUGCAUGGCCCAUGCAUGGAGACCUUGCUUGAGGAUGAGCCAAUGAUUGCGGAGGAGCCCGAGCCGGAGAUGGAGAGUGCAGAGGAGCCUGAGGCCAGUUCCGGGGUUUGUGGUCCCAUGCCACUGGAGGCUUUGGCGCCAGAGCCAUCGGUCCAUGGAAGUGAUGGGGAAGAUUUGCUGCAGGUGGAUGCUGAGCCAUUCGUCCACCAGCAGCAGGUUGACUUGCGCCAGCAGAAGCAGGAGGCCAAUCGUGCUCGUGGUGCUGGUGGUCGCGGUCGCUCCCGCGGCCGUGGCAAGGGCAAGGGCAGAGGCAGGGGUCGAAAGGCAGCUCUGCCCAAUGAUGAUGAGGAUUCCAGCAGAGCUGCUGAGCCAUCGGCUGAUGCAGAGCCCGACGAGCCCGAUGCAGAUGAGACCAUGGAGCCCAGAGAGCCUGAGCCAUCGCCUCAAGAGGGCAUGCAGCCUCAGCAGGAGGUGGCCAAGGAAGGUGAGGAUGAGCCGGAGGAGGAGGUCGUGCCACCUCCUGGCCGCGGUCGCGGCCGCGGCCGUGGUCGUGGCCGGGGACGUUCUGCAAAAGGCCUUUCCGAUGAGAAUCGGAAGAUUUGCAAGGAGUUGGUGAAGCAUGGGCGGAAUUACAAGCUGGAGCUGUAUUGGACCAGGAGUGUGGUUGGAGUCCGCCAGAAGAACGGCCCACAGGUCUGGAGCAUGUCCUUCAAAAACUUGAAGGUCGGCGUCCUCGUGGCCAACGAGAUUGUCUCCCUGUUGGAUCGCGAUAUGACCAUCCAUGGUGAGGAAAUGACCGAUACCAUCCGGAACUUCCGUUCAGAGCUUGAGGAGCAGUACGGAGAAGCCGGAGCAUGGUCCAGGUCCACGAGACUUCAAGUGAAGUGUGAAAAGUGGUCUUUCAAAGCAGAUGGAGACUGGACAUGCCUGGACCUUCAGAUGGAGGAAUGGCAUUCUGUAGGGAUAGUGCGGUUGUGGCUACACCCAACAGGGGAGGCAAGACCAGGCCAGCCUGUAGACCUUGCCUGCUUUUGUGCCAGUGGUUUUACGACUGACUGGAGGGUACUGUGGUGUGCAUAG